GUUGAGACAGCGGACCACCGGUCUGCCACCAUUUCCUGGCGGAUCUCUCCGAGUGCGGAUCUCGAACGCACGGAGCUUUGUCUCGGCGAAGAUGCAGAGGACGAGCGAAGCCAGCGGCGACUGCGAGGCUUCCGCGUGCGCUUGAGCUACGAACCGGAGCUGCGAACCACAGGAGGCGGCAUUCGGGCGCAGCCUGCCUGGACCGAAAGCAUCGGCGUCCGAGCCUCCGCUGCUGAGCGGCUCGGGACCGAGCCAGGUCUUUUCCGCUACAAGCUUCGAGAUCUCAAGUCCUGCAGCACUUGUUUGGUGCAGGUGAUGGCAGUGGCUCACGGAGAAGGUGAUGGUGAUUGGUCGGAAGCUGCACAAAUCUGCACGGAAGCCCUGGCGCCUGAAGUUCGAGGCACCCCGGUGAACGAGCAGAUUCUGCGGCAGAGUGCCUCGCUGAAAUGGGUGACGCCCAAAGAGAUUCAAGGCGCCCCCGUCUGUGGAUACAAAGUGCACCUGACCAAGACUCGAGAGCGUGGCCGCGGCGCCACACGGGAGUUCGAGUUGCAGCUGCAGGGAGCCCCGAGCCUGCUCGCCGCAGCGAGCUCAAGCGCAUCGGAGGCGCCGGAGCAGCUCGGGCGCAUAUGGAAGGAGGAGUCAGAUGGUCUCAUCACACGGAUGGAACUGCGAGACUUGGUGCCAGGCACCUCCUAUGCAGUACAGGUGUCUGCGCUCACAUCACGAGGGGAGGGAGAACGGAGUGAGUCCGUGACGUUGAAGACGCGGCCGGUGGCACCAACAAUGGGGGCUAUCCGAGCUCGUGUGGUCCACGCGUAUCAUGACCACCUGAUUCUCGAGUGCGCUGGUGCUGUGCCUGAUUGGUCACGGGGCGAAGCCAGCGACGUGAAGGGGUACAGCGCCAGGUACUACGAGUGUGCCCGCAGCUAUGGGGCCUACAACGGUGCAUGGGUCUAUGUCGAACUUGUGGAGCUGCUUGAGGAGUGCGCGAGCACAGAGCUGCUUCGCUUCGCUCUGAGAGGCCUGUCGCCAGAGCGUCAGUAUGUCGUUGAAGUGGCCGCCUUGACGGCUGCGGGAAGGGGGCCCUGGUCCGAGUCGAGCGAAAAGCUCGCGACCUGGCGGGUGGCACCGCGCUUGGCACUGCCUCAGGCGUUGCUGCGGACGCACGACACGUUGGUGCUUGGAUGGGAUCGCGAGGAGCCGGACCCUGAGACCCUCAGCGGCGAGGUUCACGACGAGGACAUCACGGAAUUCUUGGUCAAGGUCGCACCUGCCUUCGGCAAUCGCACCGCGCAGGCGCGAACGCAUCGUGUCCAGCUGCAGAAGGCUUGCAGCUUUGCAGAGACCUGGGCCGCAGUGAAAGAUGAGAACUCGUCCUUCUCGGCCACGCCCUUCUUCUUCUGCGAAGGCGCAGCGGGGCGAUAUCAGUUUGUCUCUGUGGUGCCUGGCCUUCUCCCAGAUCAGCGCUACUGUUGCCAGGUGGCUUCGGUAGCAGCCAGCGGACAGGGAGACUGGUCGCACAUCUCGAUCGAGGUCAUGAUGCUGCCCGUGGCCCCACUGGUGGACCUCGCGCAGGUGGAUGAGGUGCAGCACGAUCAGAUCCAGAUCUCAUGGGAGCACGUCCAGUUGAAGACUGGUAUCGCUCCAGGCCUCUGUGACCGCCUUUGCCUCACCAAGUCCCUCGAGGACCUGCAUGUUUGCGCCUAUGCCGUCCGGGCAGCUGCAUGGACUACCUGGCGGGGCCCGCAGUGGCGCAAACCCGAGACCGUGGAGGUGGAGACGCUUCCAGUUGCGGAAGGCGGACGCUUGCAAUUUGCGAUCAAGGACCUGGAGCCAGAGAAGCUCUAUGUCGUCGAAAUCCGAGCCCAGGGCGCCAGUGGCUGGGGCGAAUGGUCCCGAGUCGGAGAAAAUCCCGUUUGCACCGCCGUGGUCGCACAGGAGCCCACAGCGCCCGAGCUUGUCUACGCCACGUCGCGGGCGCUGACCUUUGCUUUCCCGGGUGUGGAGGACAGUCGAAUCAUUGCUUACGAGGUCCGCCGGCAUGAAGGCUGGCGAGGUCGGCCGACGAGGCCUUUGCGCUUUGACUCCCAGUCACUGGCCGUGCGUGUGACCUCGGAGAACCGAUGGGUCGUGACGGUGGACCAGCUACAGAGAGGCACGACCUACACGCUUCAGACGAGGGGGAUCACGGCUGGUGGUGGAGUCACAAAGUGGUCCGAAAAGUCUGAGCCAAUGGCCACCCUUGCCGACGAAGACACCGGCCAUGAGGUGGAGGUGAGCGUUGGCGUUAACGAUGACACCCCUGGCAUGGGCCCGCUACAGCUGGCCACCGCCAUGCCAGUAGCCGACGUCAACUCUGCAGAGUCCAUGGAGGACUUCUCCAAGAAGUUGGAGUCCGUCCUCGCCUUCACCAUAGAUCAGGCCACCGCUGGGGUGCGCCUGCCUUCGGUGCGAAUUCCCUCCGUGGCAGAACAGGCCGAGGAGCUGCUGCAUGCCCACCAUGGCGACUGCCGUGCCGCUGUGUUGGAGGCUGCGAAGAUCGAGGACGACGACACCUGGCGGACCAAGCUGCCGGAUUUCCUCAUCCAGCAGGUGCCCGUCGUUGGUUGUUCCACGGUGCUGCUUCGAGAGCUUUGGAGAAGCAUCCGGCGCUGUGCGUUGGUUGCGCACCUUUAUGGUCACGAUACUCGCAGCCCCGAGACGCAGGCCUUGAUCCUCACAUGCCUCGUUCCGGGGGGCUCUGGAACCCCGGCUGCACCGGCUGUGCCUGCAGCUGGAACCGGGUCUGCGAGUUCGCAGCAAGGCUACGUGGUGAAGGACCAGAGCGCCGUGCUGAACCCCGGCGUGCUGGGCGCUGCCGAGGAUGUCGUCUCUUCCCGGCGUGUGGCGCUGCUCGUGUCCCGGGCCUUGGCCAAGGAAACCUUCGUGCGCGCCACAGGGCUGAAAAGCGCAGGGCAGGUCGUCGGCCUCUUGGAAGUAGCCGGCCGGCUGCUGAAGAACAGCUCCAAGGAUGCGGCCUCCGAGGGCAGCGCCCUGACAGAGCAGCUGGCAGAUGACGCCUUAGUGGCUGAAGCUGCGACGCCUGUGAAGGUGGCACUGGUCGUCUUCAGGCCAAUGGCUUUGGAGGAGAGGCCCAUUCUGGUCGGCGGACUGCUGGCUCUCUGGCUGCUUCCCAUAUUCAUGUCUGCCGCGCGCUUCGUUUUCGCCAAGGUCUAUCCCCUCCUAGCGCAGCGCUUGGAGAUUCCGCUGGCAGUGAUCGUCAUUGCUGCAUUGGUUCUUCAGGUUCUGGGAGUGCUGGGCGUGGUGUGGGUGCAGCAGAAUCUGGACAACUUCCUCAGCAUUCCGGCCACCUUGGUCUUCGUCCUCUACGUCCUCAUCCCCGGCAUCUCUAUCUGCCUUGCGACCCGUAGUAUCCUCCAGGGAGCCAACGAGGCCUACUUUUUCUGCCUGCUUGGGGUGUUUAACUUGGCUCAGCCCUUACCAUUUUCCCACCGCUUUGUUCUUCAAUGA